AUGUCAACAGCUUCGGACGACGACGACGAGUUUUCAGAGGACAAUGUGCUUAGCACUCUCUUCCCAAGUCGCCUAAAAACCAUAUCGCCGCAGAAGCCCAUCGUGGCUCCGUCUCAAAGCCCCGCUGGAGCGGCUCUUCCCGUCGCCCCCGUCGUCGACGGCGGCGCGCCCCAACCCGUGGCGCACGUAAGAGCCGCCCGUCUCUCGGACCACGCGCGCAUCCAAACUGCGCAGUCCCUUUGGAUGGGCGCCCAAGAUGGGACUUCUGAGCCUCAGCGGCCGUGGCAACCCCAGCAGCACCACCAAUCUCAGUCCCCGUCACAGCACCAAAAUGGUGCCGAGUCCGCACGCGCCAGGGAGCAGCACAGCUCCCGAGGCAACUCACCCGACCUUGAAAGGGGGUCCAGCACCGGCCGUCCAGCGCGUCGGUCAAUGCCGAGCGGCAGGCUCGAGGCUCUGACGCUGGCGGUGCCAGUUAUCGACAUCACAGAUAGCACUCCCGAUGGUGGGAUGCGCACGACGUGUGGUGCCCUCCUUCCCGAUGGCUACCGGGUAGACGAUGGGUCGGAAAAGCCAUAUCCUUGCCCCAUCGAUUCAUGCGGUAAACGAUUCGGCGAUCUCAGGGGAGUAGGUGGACAUUUUCAAGCGCUCUGCGCCCAGCAAGCUGAAGCUGGGGAUGGGCCUCCAAUGCUCGGCCUCAUCUUAUACCUCGCAGGCGUCGAGGCGCCGAGGUCUUGCAAGCCGUGUAUGGAGCCCAACAAGAAGUCGCUGUGUAUCGUUGGCGACGACACUCUCCCGCCGGACGUUGCUGCCUUGUAUGGCGGGUCCUGCGCCAUGUGCUACUACCGCCACAAAAAAUGGCACCAGCAGAACAAAUGCACGCUCGAAAGCUUUACAGGGGCCGAAGCCCUCAACGGGCCACCGACCCGUAACGGCGGCAAUGGCACCACCGGCAAGGGCACGGACAACAGCGAGUAUGGAAGCGACGAAGAUUCCGCCCAGGACAACUCCAAGGCCCCUCCGAGAUCCUCGCUCAUGAUGCAGUCCGCAGCCGCCCGCGGUGAGGAAUCCGAUAGACGUAUUCCUGCCGCCGGGAGCAAUGGCAAUAGUGGCAUGAGUGGCCCUACCCGUACCAACGGCGACAUCGCCUUCUCCAACUCGUAUCUGAUCUCGAACCGAUCAGUCAGGGUUGCUGACGGUCUCGGCUUCAACGUCACAUACUUGUUGCCGGGUGCCAAGCUCAAGUUGGGAGAGGACCACAAUAACUUGAGGAUCUGCUCCGUUGCCACGGGUGUGGCAAAAGUCAAACUGGGCGACGAUCCCGAAUUCACCAUCGGCACAAGCGGCAUGUUCAAGAUCCUUCCGGGGUCCUAUGCAGGCUUGAAAAUCGGCUUUACAUCACGACUAUUCUGCAUGUCACCUCGGUCAGCACGUGCUGAGGAGGAGUCUUAG